GUCCCAGGGGCUCCCUUUGCCCCAGUGACUCCCAGUAACCCACCGCCCAUAUUCCCAGUGACUCCCAGUUCCCCACCACACACUCCCAGUAUCUCCCAGUUCAACCUACAGAUGCUCUCA